AUGGCUGAGGCUGUUCUUUCCUUUUUUGUUCAAAAAUUGGGCGAGCAACUCGUCCAUGAAGUGGAGCUCCUCACUGGAGUUCAUGAUGAUGUUGUGUGGAUCAGGAAUGAGCUCCAAACCAUGAGAGCUUUCUUAAAGGACGCUGAUCGAAGAAAGGACAGGGAGGAACUUGUGGAGGCUUGGAUUACCCAAGUAAGGUACUCAGUCUUCAAUGCCGAAGAUGCAGUUGAUGAGUUCAUGAUCCGAAUGGAUUCUCAGGCGUUGAGUGAGCAAGUCAUCCAUGAAGUGGAGCUCCUCACUGGAGUUCAUGAUGAUGUUGAGUGGAUCAGGAAAGAGCUCCAAACCAUUAGAGCUUUCUUAAAGGACGCCGAUCAAAGAAAGGAGAGGGAGGAAGUUGUGGCGGCUUGGAUUACCCAAGUAAGGUACUUAGUCUUCAAUGCCGAAGAUGCAGUCGAUGAGUUCAUGAUCCGAAUGGAGUCACAACGGGGUCUUCAGAAUGUACACAUGGGCUGCAUUCUCUUUCAAGCCUUCUUCAUAAAGCACUUAAAAGUUCUACAACAAAACAAUAAACGAAUUCAAAAAAUUAGAAAGGAGGUGAAGGAGAUUCAAGAAAUAGGUGAUCGAUUUGGGUUACAGGCUGCAUUUCAGGAAGGGAGUAGUUCAUAUGCUACUGAUGGUGGGAAUCGAGAUCCAGGAGUUGCCGCUUCUUGGGUCGAAGAAGCAGACAUCGUGGGGCUUGAGAACUAUGUCAUGAAACUUGGGCAAUUGUUGCUGAGAGAAGAGGAGAUACAACAGCGUGCUGUCAUUUCAAUUGUUGGUAUGGGUGGUCUGGGGAAGACUACUCUUGCAAAGAGAUUCUAUAGAACUGCAACGACAAGUUUUGAUUGCCAUGCAUGGAUUUAUGUGUCUCAAUCAUUCCAAAAGAAGAAUAUCUUGAAGCGCAUGCUUGAAGGAUUUUAUGAGAGUAGGAAGGAGGCGGCUCCAAAUCAUGUGGAGACAUUGGAUGAGACAAACAUAGCAAAGAUGAUCAACGACUACUUGCAAGGAAAAAGGUACGCUCUGUUCCUUGAUGAUAUAUGGGAUACUAGUGUUUGGGAAGAUGUGAAACAUGCUUUGCCUCAUGAGGGUGGAAGCAAGAUCAUCUUCACGACUCGCAGUGAAAAUAGAGCCCGUCCUGUCCAUGAGAAGUUCCAUAUACACAAAGUGAAGCCAUUAUCUUAUGAAUUGGCUUGGGAACUCUUCCAAAAAAAGGUAUUUCUGAACCAAGACACUCAAGGAACUUGUCCGCAACACUUAGUCGAAGUGGGAAAUGCCAUGGUCAAAAGAUGCAAAGGGUUACCACUCGCCAUUGUGGUAAUUGGUGGCCUCAUGUCAAAGAAGAGCACUGAUCCAGCUGAAUGGAAUGAUGUGCUUGAAAAUCUUGAUUCGGAACUGAAAGAUAAUGAAGAUCUUGCAAGAUUAAAUCGAGCCCUGUUAACGAGUUACAACUAUUUACCUUUUUACCUCAAAUAUUGUUUCUUGUAUUGUGGUCUAUUUCCAGAGGAUUAUGUGUUUAAGAGAAAGAAGCUGAUUCGCAUGUGGCUGGCCGAGGGCUUCAUUGAGGAACAUCCACGGAAGACACCUGAAGAAGUUUCAAGUAAUUACUUUGCUCAGCUCAUUGAUAGGAACCUGCUCCAACCUGUCAUUGAUGAGAGAAAAGGGGAAUUGAAAGCAUGUCAAGUGCAUGACCUCAUGCGUGACGUUGCUGUUCACAUGUUUAAGAAGGAAGAAUUCGCAGCAAUCCUAACAAGCCGAAGAAAUAAUUUUGAAGAAGCGCAACGUCGGUUGGCCAUCCAAAACGCUGCAAUUGAUAUUCCAAGAAGCAUGCCUGAAUUGAAUACUCGGUCACUUCUUGUAUUUAACGACCAGGAAUUUCCCUCUUCCUCUUUCUGUAGAAUGUUUUCAAAAUUCAAAUUUUUGAGGGUAUUAGAUCUAGAAGGCACUAAAAUAAAGAUUUUGCCGAAUGAAGUUGGAGGGUUGAUUCACUUACGGUAUUUGAGCUUGAGGAGGACACAGAUUGAGGAACUCCCUGUUUCAUUGCAAAGACUGCACAACCUACAGACGCUGGAAGUUAGAGAUUCCCAAUUGAAAGGUUUACCCACUGGAAUAGAUGCUUACGAAAUUGAGGCAUCUUUAUUUAAAGAAAUUUAG